AUCAGGCGGCGGCGGCGGUGGGGAGGAGGCGGCGGAGGCGAGCGAGCGGCCCCGGCGUGCGGAAUCACUCGAGGCCCAGGCGGAGCGGAGCGAGGGGAUCGCGGCUCCCCGUGAAGAAUGUCAGCCACCAGCGUCGACCAGAGACCUAAAGGACAGGGAAAUAAAGUUUCAGUACAAAACGGUUCGAUUCAUCAAAAGGAUGCAGUAAAUGAUGAUGAUUUUGAGCCAUAUCUAAGUAGUCAGACAAAUCAGAGUAACAGCUAUCCACCAAUGUCAGACCCAUACAUGCCUAGCUAUUAUGCUCCAUCCAUUGGAUUUCCAUACUCUUUAGGUGAAGCAGCAUGGUCAACUGCAGGUGACCCUCCAAUGCCAUAUUUGACAACUUAUGGACAGAUGAGCAAUGGUGAACACCAUUACAUACCUGAUGGUGUAUUUAGUCAACCUGGGGCAUUAGGAAAUACCCCUCCAUUUCUUGGGCAGCAUGGAUUUAAUUUUUUUCCUGGGAAUGCAGACUUCUCUACAUGGGGGACAAGUGGAUCUCAGGGACAAUCAACGCAAAGCUCUGCUUACAGCAGCAGCUAUGGCUAUCCACCUAGUUCUCUUGGGAGAGCCAUAGCAGAUGGACAGGCUGGAUUUGGCAGUGAUACUCUGAGCAAGGUGCCUGGGAUUAGCAGCAUUGAGCAAGGCAUGACUGGACUGAAAAUUGGUGGAGAUAUGACGGCUGCUGUAACAAAAACUGUAGGUUCAGCUCUGAGCAGUACAGGUAUGACAAGCAUUGCAGCUAACAGCGUGCCCCCAGUUAGCAGUUCAGCACCUAAACCAACCUCAUGGGCUGCAAUUGCAAGGAAACCUGCUAAACCUCAGCCGAAACUCAAGCCUAAAGGUAAUGUGGGCAUUGGGGGCCCUGCUGUACCGCCACCACCUAUAAAACACAACAUGAAUAUUGGAACUUGGGAUGACAAAGGGUCAGUGGUAAAAGCACCCCCAGCUCAACCAGUACUGCCUCCUCAGACUAUAAUCCAGCAGCCUCAGCCAUUAAUUCAACCACCACCACUGGUGCAAAGCCAACUGCCUCAACAGCAGCCUCAGCCACAGCAACCACAACAGCAACAAGGACCUCAGCAGCAGGCCCAGCCUCACCAGUUGCAGCAGCAACAGCUGCAAAACCGCUGGGUAGCUCCCCGUAAUAGGGGUGUGGGCUUCAGCCAGAACAAUGGAGCUGGUAGUGAGAACUUUGGUUUAGGUGUUGUAUCCGUCAGCUCCUCACCUUCUGGUGUGGAAGUGCACCCAGUGCUGGAGAAACUAAAGGCCAUAAACAACUACAAUCCCAAAGACUUCGAUUGGAAUCUGAAGAAUGGACGUGUGUUUAUAAUCAAAAGUUAUUCAGAGGACGAUAUUCAUCGCUCCAUUAAGUACUCUAUCUGGUGUAGUACUGAGCAUGGGAAUAAGCGCUUGGAUGCUGCUUACCGGUCCCUGAAUGGCAAAGGCCCACUCUAUUUGCUCUUCAGUGUGAAUGGCAGUGGACACUUUUGCGGAGUGGCUGAGAUGAAGUCUGUUGUGGACUACAAUGCAUAUGCUGGUGUCUGGUCUCAGGAUAAGUGGAAGGGGAAGUUUGAUGUCAAAUGGAUCUUUGUCAAAGACGUUCCCAAUAACCAACUGCGACAUAUUCGCUUGGAAAACAAUGACAACAAACCAGUUACCAAUUCGAGGGACACUCAAGAGGUACCCCUAGAAAAAGCCAAGCAAGUGCUUAAAAUAAUUGCUACUUUCAAGCAUACCACCUCAAUCUUUGAUGACUUUGCACAUUACGAGAAGCGUCAAGAGGAGGAGGAAGCCAUGCGUAGGGAGAGAAAUAGAAACAAACAAUAACUAUAUGGAGAUGUCCUGCUAGAAUACAACACUAAUGAUGUAGACUCUGGAAAUGCCUAAUAUGUCUAAGAAGACGUUAUUAAAGCUUUUUUCUGCUUAAGGUGACAUCUUUGAACACUUUAACACGAAAUUGACUCUUCUUGUAAUGGUUCUCAUCAGUGCAUCUGCCCUUAUACUCUCUCACCAAACACACUUGAGAACUGUACCUUCGUCAAGCACUUUCUGUCCUGAAGCUUUUACCAGUAUCUGCUGUCUUUUGUAUUUAUGCAUCCUAGCUAAGGCACAGGAGACCGAACGAAUGCAAGGAUUCAUUAACUCUUUGAAUUUGUUAAAUACUAACAUUUAACCAUUAGAAGUGGUUCAAUGAUGUGAGAUUCACAUUGCUUCAACUUAAUUUUUUCUUUGUUGUAGUUUUUUUAAUUGUCAGUUUUUAGCUAUUCAACAGAUUAAAAGCAAAUCAUGCCAUAUUUAGUCCUGGAGUAAAACUCAAGUCUAAAUGUUCAUGUGAAAAUUAUUGUAGUAAUCUUUUAAUAUGGCAAAGCAACUUUAAGCUGCAGUUUAGCCAAAUGAAUUGUAACAUGAAAUUAUAAUAGAAUGACAUUUCCCUUGUUUCAAACUGUUUGGUGUAAGAGAAUAUUAAUAUGCAGCUUGGUGGACACCACCAGUUAAUGCACAUUUCUUUAUUUUUUUUCUGUAACAUGUAUACUGAAAAAAAGUGCAUUUGUCUGAGGAACUGUUUGUUUGCUACCACUCAAUGAAUCUCAGUUUUGAGUAAAUGUACCUCAGUCUAAAUCAGACUUUUUAUGACCUUUAUAACUACAUUUAAAAUAAUCUUUAAUUCCUAUUUCUGGGUGUUUGCAAGCCUGACAGAUUGCUAUCAUGAAAGUGAAAAUUUACUCCUCUAGGUGAUUCACUAGCUAAAUAAACAUAAUUCUUGUUUAGCAAGCA